AUGGAAAGCCUGAAGAUCCUGCCACCGCAAAUUUCAAUGGACGUGAGGUCAAGCCUGGAAUCACUGCAGGAGGCCUUCCCAGACAAGACGACUCUCAGCAGAAAACUUGGCCACGCUCUGAAGUGCUCUCUGGAAAGCAACCGGAUGUACGUGGUGGAAGUUUGGCAGCUUCUUUUCCAAAAAGCUUCUCCCGUACUCAGACAGGCUCUGGCCUCAUUCUCCGCCACGGCCCCCACCGCCAUGAGCGCAGCCUAUUCCAAUCCUCUUGAUGCUCUGAGAGAAGUGGUUGCUAAAAACCUCACACAGGCUCAACUGAAGAGUGAAGAUUUUGUUAGAAGCUGGUUCCAGAUGGAUCUCGGUCCAUUCCUGGCCUCCCCGUCAACAAAUUUCCUCUUCUGCCUUGGCACCUACAACUUCAGCUGCCAGACCUACCAGAUUGUCAUCGGAGCAUUCAGCAACCAAAGCCCACUGAUGGACAACGACAGAAAGCGAGCAGUCUUUACUCACUUCAUCCAACCAUUCCUUUCCAGAAAGGAUUUGCCAGACCCAGGCUGUGUGUCAUCCGCCAAUAGUAGUCAGCUCUGGCUACAGGCCAACUUUGGCAAUUUCUCUCAAUUUGCCAGCGUAGAGGAUCUGCAAGCCCUUUAUCCCAACUUCUCCAGUGCCGAAGUCCUGUCGAAACUGUCUCCCUCUCAGGUAGCAGAGUUUCUGCUGAGCACAGACAUCUCGAAUGACACACGACUUGUCGAUCGAGUCUUUGAGCGACUGCAGGUUGGAAACGCUGUUGAAAACGUGGACGCAUUCUUUACCAAACUUACAGAGAAGGAGGUCCCAGAGUUUCAAGUUGACGUCAGAGAUCGCAUCAUGAACAGGACCUACAUCAUCGUCGGUCCCUCUUUCCCAGAGUUCCCUGAAAAGGAUCUUUUUGACUGGUUCCAUGUCAAACUGGUCCCGGUUCUCCCAAGUUUCACUCCACAAAUGCUCCAAGAUGUAAUCACCAACAUCAACUGCACAAAAUACCAUGUCAUCGUGAGUGGGAUGGGCAAAGUUGUGUCUGCCGUAGCUCAGGAAAGACAAGAAGAAAUUGCAGCUGUUUUGCUGCAGUACCUGAAAAACUCUGCUGAUGUCAUCAACCGGCCAGCUUGCAGGGUAAACAUCCAGACCGAUUCCCAGUGGGUGGAAACAAACCUGGGCCCAUUUUCUCAAUACGCCACAUAUUUUGAGCUCAAAUUCUUCAACCUCUCUCAGGGAGCACUUGUGAGCGUUCUUUCACCCAAACAGAAAGCUGAGCUUCUGACAGAUCCAGGCAGCAAUGCUCUGGAGGAUGCCACCCUCGUAAAGGAGACAAACACAACCUACAUCCAAAAUGUGGCGGUACGAGAGACCAUCUUAAACCUGACUCUGAGCAGCCUGGCUCUUAAAUUUGACGACUUUGAGGUACAAGACUACCAGCUGUGGUUUCAAGUUUAUUUGAUUCCUGUGAUAGCAAGCAUCCAACCAGACAGCCUGCGGGUGAUACCCGGUAACAUCAGCUGUGAAGCCUACGGAGCGAUAGUCACUGGCCUAAUGGAAAGCCUGAAGAUCCUGCCACCGCAAAUUUCAAUGGACGUGAGGUCAAGCCUGGAAUCACUGCAGGAGGCCUUCCCAGAAAAACUCAUCUGCUCCGAGGUAGACAGCUCUCAACUCCAAGCACUGGAAGAUGACAAUUCUACUGAAGCCGUGUGCAACUUCACCAUCACUGAACACGCCUGUGCCCCGACAAGACGACUCUCAGCAGAAAACUUGGCCACGCUCUUGAAGUGCUCUCUGGAAAGCAACCGGAUGUACGUGGUGGAAGUUUGGCAGCUUCUUUUCCAAAAAGCUUCUCCCGUACUCAGACAGGCUCUGGCCUCAUUCUCCGCCACGGUAUAUCCAGCGCCGUCGUUUCAAAAAUACUGA